AUGGCUAACACACUCAUAGAGUGGUACCGGAUGAUUUGGCAGCUGAAAAUCGCCAUUAUCGUCUGUUUGGUCGAUCCAGAAAACACGGCCGUUUGUGAGCGCUACUUUAAAACCACCGAGGGAUCCACGCUAAAGAUUAAAAACCGUUUCCAAAUACGCACCGUAUCGGUAAGAGAAGAAGAUGGCGGAAUACUGAACUAUGAGUUACGAUUAUCGAACAAACUGUCGACGGAGAAGCACCGUAACCCUUUACGUAAUAGCGAUGCCGACGAAGAACUCAUCCUUUCUGUCUUCCAGCUAGACGAUCCUGUAGAACCUCGAAGACAGCUUAAACUCGUCGCCGAAGUCUGGGCCACAGAGCUGGCAGCAACGUGCCUUGCCGACGAUGUAGAACCUCCACCCGUACUUGUUCAUGGAUGUAAUGGAGUCAGUCGAACAAGCGCUUUCGUUGCAACCAGCAUGUUGUGCAAAUCGCUGCGAACGACCGGUGAAAUGUCACCGGUUGAAGUAUGGGCGCGACUGAAUAGUGCUCGUCACAAUGCCGCCAAAGAACGAAUCCAUUUUCUAUCAUCCAUUGAAUGUGCACUUCUCUACGCCGUCGACAACGGUCUCCUACAGGCUAACAAUCCGCACCUGGCUCACGUGAACAAGAUGAUUCAAAACGCUUACGAAAACGACCGUAAGAAGACUCGUCAUCCAUCGGCCAGUCGGGAAUAA